AUGGGUGCCUCACUCUCUCUACUCGACCCUAAGCUCCAGGCAAUUUCGUUGCUCAGUCAUGAGUCAACUCAGCACCGAACUACUGCUCCAGUCACAAAGGACUUGAGGUCUUUCAUCGAGCUUCAGCUCACGUCAGUCCUUGAUGAACUCAACUAUGCCACGCCCGCUGUUACAGAUAACAGUGCCAUUUGGGAAGGCAUGCGCCUGUACGCUGAUAAAACAGGUGUACCAUAUGACGAAGGCACGCAUUCAGGGAAAUGUUUCAGGGUUGGUUACAACUAUCCAGUCCUAUGCUUCCCUCAUCAUCCUCUUGAGGUCCAAGUAUUCAUCGGCAUAUAUUCCUGGCUUGGUCUCCUUCUUGAUGACGAGGCUGCAACAUAUCUUGAUGACUUCCAAUUGUUUCAUGCACGAUUCUGUGCGGGAGAGAAACAGUCAAUCCCUCUGCUACAGGGCUGGGCAGACUUGAUGCAUGAGGUAUUCAAGUACUGGGACGCUACCGUCGCCAACUUUAUCGUCUCGGCGUCCCUUAACUUCCUGACUGCUUGUGCACUCCAAGCUCGAGAUGGCUUUACUCAGAUGAAACGCACUAAGGCUGGACAUAGUUGGGCCUGGUUCAUGCGUGACAAAGAUGGCGUCGGAGAAGCUUAUGCUUGGUUCGCCUUUCCGAAAGCACUUUGUCCAGACAUUUCCCAAUUCUUGGAGAUGAUACCUGAUCUCUCUGCCUGGAUCGGCCUCACGAAUGAUGUACUCUCCUUUUGGAAGGAAGAGAAGGCCGGAGAAACUCAAAAUUACAUCCAUAGUAGAGGAUGGUAUGAGAGUAAAGAUGCGUGGUCUACAUAUGAAGACAUAGUUGACGAGGUGAAGAUGAAAGCUCGAGACAUCUAG